AUGACGAGUGUAAAACUUCUCUAUAAUUUUCAUCAACCUGCAUCUUUUGAAACCCCUAGUAACGAGUUUAUCCACAACGGCCAAAUAAUGAUGCAACUUGUCAUUCUACUGGUGUUCGGAUUUACAGGGACAAUUGGAGUUGCCCAGAGUGAUCCUACCCAGAUUACAAUGUCUACAAAGGACCUAAUGGUGAUGGAGAGUACUGAUUUCACCAUCAAUUGCACCACAGGGGGUCUGGCCACCCAAUUACUUAGUGAUCCAAUGGAGUUUAUAUACACUGAACAAAGUUCGGCCGACGUGGUACCAGGCGCUCGCGUCGUCAUACUUUCCGCAAACAACAACCUAAAACCCAGCAUUGAUAGUGCUAAGUAUGAGGUCUCGUUCUCCGCCCAAACUGACUUUAAUUUCUUCCUCGUCGUCAAAGUUGCCGAAUUAAAAGACACAGGUGUGUACACCUGUGCACGCGGAAACAGGAAUGUCUCCACGUUUGUAGAAGUUCGUUCUAAACAAGAUAUUAUCUGCACAUGCCCAGACGGAUACAUCCGAUUUGGCAAUGCAUGUUUCCGGUUUUAUCAUCAGCAUAUGUCGUGGCCAGAAGCAUCGUAUAUGUGUGAAGCAUUUGGUUCUCAUCUGGCAUACAUUGAGUCGAAUGCAGAGUAUGAGUUCCUGAGAGCCUUCGUAACUGAGACAGAAGGUGGUUACAAUGGCGAGGGUUUCUGGCUGGGGGCAACCUCAGUUCGACUUCCGGGUCACUGGCACUGGAAAUAUGAUUCCUCCUUGGUCGACUUUGAUGAAAUGACACCAUUAGAUUCCAACCCUCCAAACCACGAUUGCCUAUUCUUGUCUGGCCAGCAUGAGUUUGCUGCAAAGGGAUCACUCUGCAACACUGACCAAAACUUUAUAUGCAAAACAAAGGUAUCCAAGUGUGUUUGA